GAAAAGUAGGGUUUAAUUUUGCUUUUGAAACCUUUGUGCACCGCUGCCUCUCUCUCUCUCUCUCCGCCUUCCUGCAAAUCGCAUUUUCCUGGAGUAGUUAAUUCCUUUCAAAUCAACCACAAAAAAUGUCAGGUGAAGAAGAGGUUGUUGCUGCAGUUGAGCCUGUUGUUGCUGCAGGAAUUCCAGGUGAGCCAAUGGACAUCAUGACUGCUGUACAGCUCGUGCUUAGAAAGUCACGAGCUUAUGGCGGUCUUGCACGAGGUCUUCAUGAAGGUGCAAAAGCGAUUGAGAAGCAUGCUGCACAGCUUUGUGUUCUAGCUGAAGAUUGUGACCAACCUGAUUAUGUCAAACUGGUGAAAGCCCUUUGCGCCGAGCAUAAUGUUAGCCUGUUGACAGUUCCAAAUGCUAAGACCCUUGGAGAAUGGGCUGGUUUGUGCAAGAUUGAUUCAGAAGGUAAAGCUAGGAAGGUUACCGGUUGCUCUUGCGUGGUUGUCAGGGAUUUUGGGGAGGAACAUGAAGCCUAUAAUGUUGUUUUGCAACAUGUGAAAGCUAACUGAGUUGUAAUAUGCAUUGAUUUGCGGUUUUCAAUUUGAAGUUUUUGUAUGAGUCUUGUGAAUUUUGCCUCUCUGAAGAAUUUGCCAAAUGGAUUUUGAUGGUUUAUGAUGAUUUAAUACAUUAUUCAUCUCAUUUUUGCUCUUGCUCAA